GCGGGACACCAGGCGUGGAGGGGAGCCCGCAUGAUUCCUCCCGGUCCUCAGACAGUAAUGAUGGUGGUGAUGCGCCGCGGUCGGACCGGCGGAUUCCUGCAGAGCCCGACACACUGCGCCACAGAGCCGCGAGCCCGCGCGAGCCGCUGCGGGGAUACACGCGCCUGCCUCUCUCCAUCCGAGGGCGCAAAGCCGGAUUUCCAGCCCGAUGCGUGAGCUGAACGAGCGGCCAGCCGACCUCCUCCGCAGCUCCAUUCACGCCCCAACUCCUCCGCGGGAUGCGACGGGGCUCCGCCGCUGAACCGAGCCUGCGCUGAACCGAGACCGCCGGACCCCAUGCGUGCGCGCCGGGUGUUUUGAAGAGACGAGAGAAAGAGAAAGACUGGGGGGGGAAAAGAUGUUGGCGCGAUGUUACCGGCCCAAGCUGUCGGUAUGGGCCGCUCUGUGCGUGCUGGUUCUCUGCUGGUUCUACGUGUUCCCGGUCUACAGGCUCCCCCGAGAUAAAGACGUCGUGGAGGAGGUGCUGAGGCAGGGGGAGGCAUGGCACAAGAACCAGACGGGGAUCGAUCUAUACAGGAAGCUGCUGACAGACUGCUGCGAUCCCAGACGCAUGUUUGCAGUGACCAAGGAGAACUCGCCAGUGGGCAAAGUCCUGUGGUACGACGGCGAGUUCUACCACUCACACACCGUCAACAACGAGACCUACUCGCUCUUCGUGCAGGACAACCCGCUGCAGCUGCCCCUGAAGAAGUGCGCCGUGGUGGGCAACGGGGGAAUCCUCAGGCACAGCAAGUGCGGGCACCACAUCGACCGGGCCGACUUCAUCAUGCGGUGCAACCUGCCUCCACUGUCCAAAGGUUUUGUGGAGGAUGUGGGAACCAGGACACAUCUGGUUACAGCCAACCCCAGCAUCAUAGAGAAAAGAUUUCAGAACCUUCUGUGGUCAAGAAAAUCAUUCGUGGACAGCAUGAAGGCGUACGGCUCCAGCUACGUCUACAUGCCGGCCUUCUCCAUGAAGCCCGGCACCGACCUGUCGCUGCGGGCGCACUACGCCCUGGCGGACUCCUCCUCCAACCUCACCAUGCUCUUCGCCAAUCCCGAGUUCCUGCGGACGGUGGGGAAGUUCUGGAAGGCCCACGGCGUGCACGGCAAGCGCCUCUCCUCGGGGCUCUUCAUGGUCAGCCUGGCCCUGGGGCUGUGCGAGGAGGUGGCGGUCUACGGCUUCUGGCCGUUCUCCGUCGACCUGGAGGAGAAGCCCAUCAGCCACCACUACUACGACAACAUGCCGCCCUACAAGGGCUUCCACGCCAUGCCGGAGGAGUUCGUGCAGCUCUGGCACUUGCACAAAAGCGGCACUCUGCGCAUGAGGGUGGGACGCUGCCCCCCCCAGGAGGGAGGGAGCUAGAGUUCGCAUUCGAGGGGGAUGAAGACGGUCGACUUGUCAUAAUGAAACAAAUGAGUGCGCAGAUUUGUGGCGUGUCCCUACCCACUCCGGCCGCCCCUCCGGUUAAUCCCCAAUUACCAUGAGAAUGUCCUCCUACUCAGACCAGCAGCAUCAGGGACACAUGGUUUAAAAAUGUUCAUACAUUCCCGAAACCUGCCAGAUCCCCCCCCCCCCCGCUCCUUCCAGAACCUCAGAGUGUGCGUGUGUGAUCUUCGGGCGAAGCAUCAGCUGGGACCGGCACAUGGUCGUGGGUGGAUUUGUUCUCUCGACUACUGUAUCUGACUGACAUAUGGGGCAGCUGGGCCGACCCCCCUCCGGGUCUUUGUUAAACAGGAGGAGCGGAAUAAUAAAACGCACCGAAAGACUGGCGAGUAACAAGGGAGAGAAAGAUAAUGGUGUUCUGGUACCUAGCAGCUCGAAUAGCAGUGAAAUUUAAUGGCGAGAUAAAAGAGGGUGGCGAGAGGGGGGG